CCGGCGGCCCGAACCUCGGCGGCGGCGGCGGCAGCGGCAGCGGCGGCGGCGGCGGCAGGAGCGACGGCGGCACUGACACCUCCCACCAUGGACAGCUUCGACUUAGCCCUGCUCCAGGAAUGGGACCUCGAGUCGCUGUGGGGUGAAGACAUCUUAAACCAGAGGAACGAGCCCCUCGUUGUGGAGUUUCAGUCUUCAGCCAGCAGAUGCAGGAGUGUCUAUGAGCCUGAUAGAAAUGCCCUCCGGAGGAAAGAACGAGAAAGAAGAAACCAGGAGACCCAACAGGAUGUCAGCACAUUUGCUUCCAGUUAUUCUCUGUUCAGUGAGCCCUACAAGACCAACAAAGGGGAUGAGCUCUCCAACCGGAUCCAGAAUACUUUAGGCAAUUAUGAUGAGAUGAAAGACUUUUUAACUGAUCGAUCCAAUCAGAGUCAUCUUGUUGGCGUCCCUAAACCUGGGGUUCCGCAAACGCCGGUAAACAAGAUCGAGGAGCAUUUUGUUCCAGAUUCAAGAGCCCAGACCCAGCCCUCCUCUGUUUGUAGCACCACAUCUUCCACGCCUGCAGCUGUCCCUGUGCCACAGAGCCGGAGGAGCACCAUGGGCUGGCAGAAGACGGGGCACCCGCCGCCUGAUGGCCACCAGAGAUCAACACAACAGGGCUCUCUGAGGACCUUGCUUGGAGAUGGUGUUGGCAGACAGCAACCACGGAGCAAACAAGUGUGCAACGUAGAGGUGGGGCUGCAGACCCAGGAAAGGCCACCUGCCAUGGCAGCCAAGCACAGCAGUGGCGGCCACUGUGUUCAGAACUUUCCUUCGUCCCUGGCUGCAAAACCCAGCCUGGUCCAGCAGAAACCUACGGCGUAUGUGCGCCCCAUGGAUGGCCAGGAGCAGGCUCCUGAUGAAUCUCCUAAGCUGAAAUCCUCUGCGGAAGCUGGCGUGCACUGCACCUCCUUCAGGGGAGUCCCCGCCACCAAGACAGAGUCAGCCAGAACCAAAACCAAGCUUUCCAAGUUCAUCCCCAAGCAGGCAGAGGAGAACAGAGCUGCAGAAAGCAACAGCUGUGUUGAAGAAAUCAUUCGGGAGAUGACCUGGCUCCCCCCACUUUCUGCUAUUCAAGCACCUGGCAAAGUGGAACAAAGCAAAUUUCCAUUUCCAAAUAAGGACUCUCAGCUUUUAUCCUCUGGACUCACCAAUCCAAAGAAAGGUGGUGCGGAGCCAGAGAGCCCAGACAAUGGCACGUCCAACACAUCAAUGUUAGAAGAUGACCUGAAGCUAAGCAGUGAUGAAGAGGAGAAUGAGCAGCAGGCAGCCCAGAGAACAGCUCUCCGCGCUCUGUCUGACAGCACCACGGUCCAACAGAGCAGUUGCAGAGCCUCCGUGCCUUCCAGCAAGGGCAGCAGCAGUGGCAGCAGCAGCGGUAGCAGCAGCUCCUCCAGCGACUCGGAGAGCAGCUCUGGAUCCGACUCGGAGACAGAGAGCAGUUCCAGCGAGAGCGAGGGCAGCAAGGCCGCCCACUACUCCAGCCCCGAGGCCGAGCCAGCAUCCUCUAACAAGUGGCAACUGGAUAAGUGGCUCAACAAAGUUAAUUCCCACAAGCCUGCCAUACUGGUCCAGAACGAAAGCCAUGGACCCGAGAGCGGCCAGUACUACCCCCCGGUGAAAGACGAGGUGCAGGACUGUGGGAAGCUCCCAGAUGUGUGCCCAGCCAGUCUGAGAGAGAAGGAGAUCAAGAGCACCUGCAAGGAGGAGCAGAGGCCGAGGACAGCCAACAAGGCGCCUGGGAACAAAGGAGUCAAACAGAAGUCCCCUCCAGCAGCUGCAGCAGCAGCCGUGACCGUGACUGCAGCUGCCCCACCGCCAGCAGCUCCCAGCACCCCAGUGGACGGCACAUCAGCACCCACCCGCAGAUCCACGGGCAAGAAACCCACACGGCGCACAGAGAGGACCUCAGCUGGAGAGAGCACAAACUGCCACCGCCCCGAGGAGCCCACAGCUGUAGACUCGCUGGGGACAAGCUUGGUGGUGCCCCCAGAGUCUACCAAAGCCAGGCCCUGCGGCAACAGCAGAACAGGCCACCGUAAGGAACCACGCUCCUCGGUGACCUUCGAGAAGAGGCGCACGCGGGGGCUGAGCAGGAUCAUCCCCAAAUCCAAGGAGUUCAUUGAGACAGAAUCGUCCUCUUCAUCCUCCUCCUCUGACUCGGACCUGGAAUCAGAGCAGGAGGAGUACCCUCUGUCCAAAGUGCAGACUGUGGCCAGCUCAUCCUCCUCUGCAAGUGACCAGAGGCUAAAGGAAGCAGCCAACAGCAUCAGUGCCGGUGGUGGAGCCCGGGCCCCUGUGGGCUCCAUUAACGCCAGGACUACCAGUGACAUCGCCAAGGAGCUGGAGGAACAGUUCUACACGCUGGUCCCCUUUGGCCGCAAUGAACUGCUGUCCCCCUUGAAGGAUACUGAUGAGGUCAGGUCUCUCUGGGUCAAAAUUGACCUGACCCUCCUGUCCAGGAUUCCAGAGCACCUGCCCCAGGAGCCAGGAAUCUUGAAUGCCCCUGCAGCCAAGGACCCAGAGAGCACGCUGCCAGCAUUGGACACACCCCCUGAAAAGACUCUGCCAAAAUCCAAGAGGAAACGCAAGUGUGACAACGAAGACGACUAUCGGGAGGCAAAGAGAGCCCAGGGAGACAAAGAGAGCUCCUCGCGACUGAGUGCCUCCACCAGUGCUGCUCUGUCUGCAAACCACUGCGCCAUGAACAUCAACAGCUUGGCCAUACCAAUUCAUAAAAAUGAGAAAAUGCUCCGGUCGCCCAUCUCACCUGUCUCCGAUGCAUCAAAACACAAAUAUACCAGUGAGGACUUGACCUCCUCCGGCCGCCCACAUGGCAACAGCAUGCUCACGUCCACCUCUUCCAACAAGAAGCCCAAGGCUGACAGCCAGCUCCAGUCGCAUGCCGCAGACCUCACGAAAGCAGCUCACAGCUCUGAAAACAUCCUCCUCCACAACAAGGCACGGCCGCAGACGGAGCCUUGGUCCCCAGGAUCUAACGGCCACAGAGAAUGCAAGAGGCAGAAGCUCAUCUUCGAUGAUAUGCCUCGCAGUGCGGAUUAUUUUAUGCAAGAAGCUAAACGGAUGAAACAUAAAGCAGACGCAAUGGUGGAAAAGUUUGGGAAAGCCCUGAACUAUGCUGAAGCAGCCUUGUCGUUUAUCGAGUGUGGAAAUGCGAUGGAGCAAGGCCCCAUGGAGUCCAAAUCCCCCUACACCAUGUACUCAGAAACGGUGGAGCUCAUCAGGUAUGCUAUGAGACUAAAAACCCACUCAGGCCCCAACGCCACUCCAGAGGACAAGCAGCUGGCUGCAUUAUGCUACCGCUGUCUGGCUCUCCUGUACUGGCGGAUGUUUCGCCUCAAAAGGGACCAUGCUGUCAAGUAUUCGAAAGCGCUCAUCGACUACUUCAAGAAUUCAUCAAAAGCUGCCCAGGCCCCAUCCCCGUGGGGGUCCAGUGGAAAGAGCACUGGAACCCCAUCCCCCAUGUCUCCCAACCCCUCUCCCACCAGCUCCGUGGGGUCUCAGGGCAGCCUGUCCAGCGCCAGCGCCCUGUCCCCGUCAACCAUCAUCAGCAUCCCACAGCGCAUCCACCAGAUGGCAGCCAAUCAUGUCAGCAUCACCAACAGCAUCCUGCACAGCUACGACUACUGGGAGAUGGCCGACAACUUGGCCAAGGAGAACAGAGAGUUCUUCAACGACCUGGAUCUGCUCAUGGGGCCUGUCACCCUGCACAGCAGCAUGGAGCACCUGGUCCAGUACUCCCAGCAGGGCCUGCACUGGCUUCGGAACAGCACCCACCUGGCGUAGGGCCCCCACCCAGGAGCCGGACUGGGCUCUCGGCUGCCCCCCACGGACAGCUCACUGUUUCUGGACACUGUGCUACUGAAAUUCGCAGCCACAGCAGUUGAUCAAGUGGUGAUGAACAUUUCCUCAGCAUCAAGCAGCAGUUUUUUCCCCUCCCCAGGGCAUGUGUGUUUGUAUAUGCAGGUGUGCAAGAAGGUAUGUGUGUGUGUGUGCGUGUGUGUGUAAGAUACGGCUCUCCCACACUCUGUCUAGUUGUUGUAACCUCAGGCUAGACGAGAGCAUCAGAGGUAGCUGAUGGAAGGAAGUCUGCCCAUGCACACAUGCACACAAUCACAAAUACACACCUUCUGUUCCAGUGCUGAACCAUGACUUCUUAGAAGUUCAACCAAAAUCCCGUGGUUAGGCAACCAGGUGCAAUACAGCACACCCAGAGCUUGAGCGCCGCUUCAGACAGAGCAGGCUCUUAGGCUGUCAGUUACUUUCAGUGUUAAUGUGCUAUUCCCCCAGUUUCUUUGAUUGGCCUGUAUUUGUGGGUAAUGGAAUAAUGAAAACAGUUGGUUAUUUUGAUGCCAGGCAUUUACCGGGUUGCAUGUGCCCAAACAUCCCACCCUUCUCAUAACCGUUGCUCCCCUCAGUCCGACAUCAUCGUUGGCUCCAAACAAUCAAAUGGUCUAAUCCACAGCCUUCCCUGCCCCAGCCCAGAAUAGUAGAGAAAUGACCCCAGGAUUGGAUAAACACUCAGCAUCAUUAGGAGUUGAGCAAACGUGAAAGCAGUGCGGACUCAGGAAGUGCAGGCUACUGCACCUGUCACAGCAAGCCCUCCGGGCAUAGUCCCCGCCUCCCUCCUGCCAGUGGACUCACUCAGUGGCUGAAAAGCCAUGUGUGGUCUGCAAGCCAACACAUUAGCAGUCUUCCCAUGUCUCCGACAGCUUUCUUACCAAUUUUCUUGGCCAAAUAUGGACAUGACCCAGGGUGUCCCUUCGCUAGGUGCCUAUCAGGCCAAGUGCUGACCGCUGUCCUAAUGCCACGUGCCUCCCUCACUCCCCCUGCAGGAUGUGCCUCGGUAGGCCUUUCAUGCAUUUGGGCUUGAGGGCUAUUUUUCAGGCUUUGCUGAGCAAGCUGCUGGCAGUACAGGGGAAAUUAUUCCUGCAGUGGGCGCAGUUCUGUUUGGGGGAGCAGGGACCAGUGUGUCUUGCUUAUCUCAUAUGCAUCCGAUCUGUUUAUCCCCCGCACCCUUCCUUCUGUUCUUGUUUAUGAUUAUUAAGUAAGUUUACAUUUUACUUUUUUCAUAUCUUGUUUACAUUUUUUUGUCUGAAGUUUCUUUCUUUUAUAAUGUCUUGUCAUACCCUAGAUUUAGUCUUGUUAAAUGUUAUUUUGAUGUAAAAGAGUCACUUAAAAUGACUUCCCAGUAGAGCGUGUAUGUUACCACACUUUAAAACCAGAAAUAAUGUCCUUGAGGCCUCUUACUUGACAAAAUUGCACCAGGAUGGUCUGAGACAGACAUUGCGUGGGGCAAGCCACUUUCCAAGGCUCUCGGUGCGUAACGUGUGUUUUCACUGAUUGAGGUUCGCUUGCAGUGUUAACAUUUGGGUCAGCUUGAUCUGUGGGUGGAAAAUACAGUCGCCACCAUUCACUAGUUUUAAGCACUGAUUAAAAACUAUACUAAUGAUUGAACCACUUUGGUAAUUUGAAGUUAAUUGAAAACUGAGCGAGUAAAGGGCUAUGAAACUGGUAUCUGUCUUUGGCCUCCAAACGUUGGGAAAUGUGAAGCGUUUCCAUUCUGCGUGCUUCCGCCUAAGGUGCUUCUUCAGUCCCUUCGCUGGUUGUCAGAAUUCAGGACCCCAUCUUGUGUGGGAGAUUUUGAAUCAACUGAAGAAGUUGGAGUGGGUUGUUUUGUUUUGUUUUCGUUCAUAGCAGGAUUGAAACUUUGUUCUACUUCAUUUCUGGUGACUUCCUGUGAAACCUUCAAACUGUCACAUGGAGGGCUGACGUAGGCAGCCUCUUAUGCAUCCCCCAAAGAACUGCCCAGAUCUUCAAAGUUGCAGUCCUGGGUGUGCUUACCCACAAAGCCCUGCAGAGACAGGUGGGUGGCGUCUGGAUGGCUGUGUCGAUGGUGUCUCUACACUCUGAGGACCCAGGUGGUUCCCAGUCUGAUUUCUUGAAACUGGCCAUGUUGGGGGUAUGCCAUGCUGGGGGCUGGCCAGAGUGUGCAGGUCCUGGCAGUCUCCUUUCGCCGUGGAGCUCGCUGGGCCAGUGGUUUCUGUUGGGUUUGGUGUAGAUGAUUCUGGACAGGAACCAUCUUCUGAUUUUUUGCUUAUGAAAGUCACUCAUCGCUCAGUCUUUCUGUUUUUCUUUCCAAGCCAAAAUAUCCUCCUGGUGUUUUCUGUGAUCAGUGUCAUAUUUUCUCAUCGUAAAAAGUCCAACACUUCAGAAGCGAAGAAGUUUAAAUAUCUUAACUCUGUGGUUGUCCCGUCUCCCCGAGACAAGCGCUCCCUGAAGGUUUGGUGUAUAUCCUUCCAAGAUCUCCUGCCUUUCAACCCGUGUUUGCUCUCACUUUUCUCCGUCUGAAGACUUAUUCUUUCCUUAGACACCCCACACCUCUCCAGCUGACCUUCUCCUGCUGUGACCUGAGAGGAUGCCCUCCUUUACAAUAGGGUUAGAGUUAUCUUUCAGAUCAAAAUCUUGCUCAGAAUUGUGCCUAAAGAACAAAGUUAGAACACAUUUCUGGAAACUUUGAAACAACAUAAAUGGAAGCUUAGACCAAUUAUAUUGAGAGGAAUGUGCUGGAAAAGUAAUCUAAAGCGUUGACACUAGGUUGAACACUUGUAAUGCAAUGCACUAAAACUCAUCCUACUGUGUACAACAAUGAUGUGUGUGCUAAUAUGUAAGUGAUGUGUACAUUUCUGACACCCCAUACAUAAUAUACACAGUUUGUAUAAAUGCAUACAUUUAGAAAUAUAUAUGUACAAUACAGCUAACACAAAACUAUAGUGCGCCUGACAGAUAGAACUAGUGCCUAACCAUGAGUAUAAGUCACUGCGUGUUCUCAUCACCUUGGAAGUGCAGUAAUUGUUUCAAAAUAAGAAUCCAUGCAGUCAACGUUAUUUAAGAAUCACAUCUUUGAAACUGUGCAGUAGCAUAUACAUAUAUAUUUUUAAAUAACAUUUUUCACGGUUUUCCAGAGUUGCUGUUGAAAUCUGUAUCACCAAAAGAAAAAACGAAAACAAAAGCAAGAUUUUUUUAAAUGACGUAGAUACCCUUCAGACCCAGUAAUCUGUGUGUGAUUUCCUGUUUGUAGAUACCCAAGAGACUUUAGCAGUCACCAGCCUUAAUGCAUGUACAGGAUAUUAUUGUGACUUAAUUUAUCUUGCAGUUUUUAAUCCAUGUGAAAUUGGGAUUUAUAAACGGACUUGGAUUAAAUAUGUCUGCCUUUCUAAGGUUACAAAUGUUACAUUAAAUGAUUUAUGUUGUA